GAUUGUCUUCGCGCAGAAGGCGGAGAUUUUGGCUGCGGCUGGAAGUGGCCGCAGUAUCUUCGAAGAAACGAAAGUCGAAGGAGCAGCGUUGCCCCUUUGCUGCGCUCAGCUGGAGGAAAAGGACGAAAGCUGCCGAGCUCCGACGCUUCUGCUGCCUCAGUCUUUUUAAAAAUCUAUUUAUAUAGACACCCGCUCGACUUUCGGCUCAAGGAUUCUUGAGGAAGGGCUCCGCGCCGAUCCAACCGAUUCCCCUGGGAAAUUCCCGGUCUCUUCCCGGUGCUCCGAUCGGUUGCGUUCGAGCAAAGGCCGAACAGUCAUCUGGUGGAGGCGAUAACAUGUCUGACAACCAUCAUGACUCGCGUACGUGCAUGGCAAAACUUAAUGAACAUUGCCAGAAGAACAGUUUAAAAUUGGAGUAUAAAGACAUUGCUAUCAGAGGCCCACCUCAUAAUCGUAUAUUCACGGUAGCAGUUGUAAUCGACAUGAUCCAAUAUAGCCCAGCCUCUGGUAAAUCCAAGAAAGAAGCAAAAGCUGUCGCAGCUAAAUUAGCUUGGGAUGCCAUAGAGAAGCAAAAGAAGGCUAUGCCAGAUUCACGGGAGCAGCACCAGGAGCCAUCGCCUGUUCCGUCAUAUUUACCACCACCACAACCUGCUGGAACCUCGCCUGCCGCAGGUUCUCCUGAAGUUUCAUCUUCAAAUUCAGUUAACUAUGUUUCCUUGCUUAAUGAGUAUGCACUGAAGAAGAAAGUACCUGUUCAGUAUAAUCAGAUAUCUAAAACUGGGUUGGAACAUAUACCAGUCUUUUCUUAUGUGUGUCAAAUUGGUGAUAAAAUAUUUGAUGUCGGAACAGGAAGUAAAGUUCAAAUAGCCAAACUUGAAGCAGCCAGACUAGCAUAUGAAAAGUUGAGUAGCCCACCAACUUUCAGAGCAGAAGAAAGUGCUAACCCUGUUAAUGAUUCUUUAGAUAUGUUGUCUAUUAGUUUUCGAAAACUAUCAAGCAGGGCAUCUGAGAAUGGUACAGAUUUGGAUUCAGAACUGAAGUGUACCUCUGACACAUUCACUGAACAUACUGAUGUCAUUCAGCCAAACGAAUCUUCACCUUUUCAGGUCAGUCCAUCAAAUCCAGCUGUGAAAUCUAAAAGAAAAGCACCUCUGGCUGCGAGAUUUUCAAAUUCGCUUGGAAGAAAAAGUGAAUUCACUUUGAAUGACAGGUUUCUUGACGACUUUGAAGAGAUAAAGAAAAUUGGUUCUGGUGGCUUUGGGAAUGUCUUCAAGGCAAAGCAUAUCACUGACGAUAAAUUAUAUGCUGUCAAACGCAUCCGACUUUCAGGCAAGAAAGAAGAAAGAAAAAGAGAAGCGAAAGCCUUGGCAGCACUUAAACAUCCACACAUUGUUCAAUAUUUCACUUGUUGGAUUGGGCAAGACACUUUCCAGUCGUGUGAUACCAGUGAUAGCAGCUCAGAGCUAUUUGACUGCCUCUUCAUUCAAAUGGAAUUAUGUGAAAAGGGAAAUCUAGCAAAGUGGAUACAAAGAAUGGGAAUGUCCCCCUGUAAAGAUGAUUCUAUAAUUAUAUUUCAGCAAAUAGUGGAAGGAGUGAAUUAUAUUCAUUCUGAGAACUUCAUUCAUAGAGAUCUCAAGCCUCUAAAUAUAUUUUUUUAUAAAGACAAUGGAAUAAAAAUAGGUGAUUUUGGGUUGGUUACAUCAGGUGUGAAAGACUUUUCAGUACAACGGACAAUGAACAAGGGAACAGUGCCAUACAUGGCACCUGAGCAGGAAACAAGCAGUUAUGACAAGGAAGUAGAUAUCUUUCCAUUAGGAUUAAUUUUGUACGAAAUGCUUUUCCCAUUUCCCACUGACCAUGAGAAGUAUAAGGAAUGGCACAACAUCAGAGAAGGCAAGCUUCCAGAAACAUUCAUCAAGAAGUUUACAAAAGAGGCUUCUCUAAUUAAAAAAUUGCUUUCCAAAGAGCCAUCUCAAAGACCAUCAGCAGCUGAUCUUUUGACAUUCCUAGGAAGCCAGCCAUACAGCCGACACACUCGUUAGUGAACUUCUGUCAAAACACAGGAUUUUGAUUCAUGCCUGUUUCUUUUGCUGUAUGCUGUGUGUAAGCACAUAAUGAAAAUCCGAUGUAUCUGGAUUUUUUUACAAGGAGUUUUAAUGUGGUAUUUUAAUACUACUGUUAUGCAGUUAUGUUUAAUACUGUCGAGAGAAAUUAAUAUCAUUCUUCUAACUCAUGGAACUACUUGUAUCAAGUGUUAGUUGCUAUCCUUUGCUUUGUGAAAGAUGGUACUAUGUGAUUUACAGUUCUGUGGAAGAGUAUUCACUUCCCUUAAGAUUUCUGAAUAUUUGCAAAUGAAUGUUAUCAAGAGCUUCACUUACUCUUGGGGGACCUACUGAUUUAUAAAAAGAUUAUAAAUGAUAUGGUUUGGGUUUUUUGUAGAACUGUAGAUGUAAAUCCAUAAAUCAAAAUUUUAUAUUAUAAUGCACAGAUGGGCAACUAUUUCGGAAGUAUAAGAUAACACUUUUAACUACGCUUAGCUUUAGUUUGCCUUAAAAUCAAGAACUCCAGCAUUAUAAGAUAACUUUCUUCCAAUGUUCCUAGUAUUUCCAUUUCCUUGACUAGGUGUUUCCUAUUAGUAUGAAGUCAGGGAUAGCUAAUCCUCUUGUGUCUUCCUCUACCUUCUGAAGGAGAAAGUUGUCAGCUAUAUAAAUUAGAAAUUUCCUGAAAGGACCAUGCUUGGCAAUAUUUGUCUCCCAAUGGAUGUUGAGGGAAUUACAGUCUCCCUCAAGAUGUGCCAAUUUGAAGAAGCCAUGUGAGUCUUAUAGAAGACACAGCUGCUUUAAUGCUUAGAGAGUGUUUCAACUGCUUUCAAGUACUUUGCACAGCAAUUCCAUAUACCAUGCAUUUGUUAAAGUAGUCAGUGAUGCUUGAAAACUUAUGCAGCAGUAUUUUUGAAAAGUUCUGUGACUGUUUUUUCUUUUCUAUUGCAUGUAACAGUGCUUAUAAUUAUGUUGCUUCUAAAACAGAUUUAUAAAAUACAAUCUAGUA